AUGAUCAACUGGCCUCACAUUUACUUCCAACGCUACAUCCCUCCCAAGGGCCCUCAGAAUACACCCGCCAUUGAUGACGGGCUCGGAGACGAGGACGGUGGGGCUGGUACUGGAACCGGCACGGACGCCGAUCCCGAGAGCACUGUCGCACCCAGCCAAAGCCGGGAGAGGAAGAGCCGAAGGCACCGGAGGCGCGGAGGAGGGAGUGCUUAG